AAUAGCAAGUCUAAAUGGCAUACUAAGGGGGUAAUGGGUAAUGAUAUAUAAAUGAUAAAUCAGGCACUUGCUAAUACCUUACUAAUGCUUAAUAGUGUGACAUUUUUAUAAAGUGAGGAGGAGGAGGACAUGUGUGGAUUCGUUUUUGUUUUUUUAUCCUGUCCAACCACAAAUCCUUAUUUACAUUUUACCACAUAUAUUAUUUUCUGUAACCCCAGUAACAUGCCAAGAGAUAUAAAUAUUUACAUAUAUAUAUAUAUGUAAUAUGUAGGCAAUGCCAACACAUACAGUGCUUAACAAAUGUAUAAACAGUUGAUGAAAACUGUUGGCUGUCAGAAGAUGUUGUGAAGGUGUAAUUGUGAGAAUGAGAUGGGCAAGGAGCAGUGGGGCAGUUUUGGUGACUUCAUAUCCACGUGAUGGCUAUAUAAUAUGUCAAGCAUAUCGAUCUGUCAAGAAUGAUACUAACUCGUUUUGAGCCGGAGAAAACAUUGUCGUUACAAGAUAGAAGAUGUAAUCGGUUUUGCAGGGGGUUCCAAAUUAAAAGUGUCACUGACAUAAAAAAAAAAAAAACUAUUUUUCAAGAGAAAUCUGGCCAAGAAGGCAACAGAAAUUGCACGGUAUACAUACAUAGUGUCACUGUUCUGUAACGUGGCCAAAAAGGGCUGGAUGAAUUGUAAUAAAGAUGGUUUCAAAGCAGGAUAUUUCUUCAUUUAAUAUAUAACCCCUUUGUAAAUCAUGUUUACUUCAGCCCAUUUAAGCAAAUAGAUCAACGAUUUCAAAAGCGAGAGAGAGAAUUAAAUCGUUAUUUGGUAGUCAAUCACUUUUUUUGCACAGCAACGACUCAAACGUGGUAUUGACGUAUGCCGCCACCUCGCGGACACUGCCGUUCAUUGUGUACGGUACUUCGUUUCCAUAGCAACCGUUACUGCCAAACCACUGUGUUAGUAACGGUUGACUCGUGCUUAUCGUGACUUCAGGGUUCGCUGUAGAUUUGCAGUCAGUGCACACUGCAGGGUUCGCACUUAGACAGAAAAAUAGCAUUUUCUUAGAGAAAUGAUGGCUGAGACAGGCGGUGUGACCAAGCUAGACGUCUCUGUACUAAACGCUGAGCAGCAAGAGAAACUGCGACAAUUUAAGAUCAAGACGAGAAUCGACAACGAGAGGUAUUUGAGGUCGCAUCCCGAAGUAGACGUACUCAUAGGCGACUUUCUAAGGUCUGUUCAAGUUCACAUUAAUAUCACAAAAAUACAUGCUGAAUGGGGAAAAAUGUUUGUGAUGUUUUAUUGUUGAACUUAACACUGUCUGCUUUAAGUUUAAUUUUGUUUGUAUUUGUUUAUCUUACAGCAAAUGUUACAUUUCUAGGGUAAUAUGCAAACUUUCAUUUUAUUUUCACUGUGUAUAACAUAUUAUGUUAAUAACCUCUGUACAUUCAGUGGAACCAGCCACCAUUUCAAAGAAAUGUAUGAAAGAUUACAAUGUAUUUUACAAUAUAAUAAUACAAUAUAUGUAUACCCUGAAAAGGAUUUACACCAAUAAAUGUACUGCAA